UCUGACUUCAUAUUUUUAUUGAAACUUCCCAUUGUCGGAUUUCAUAUCUUACCCUCUUCCACUAUCUCUCCUUCUCUACCCUGCAAUGGCAGAAUUGUUUAUUGACCAAAUCUUGGAUAAGAUCAUCAACACUUGCUUUGAGUACCUUCAAGACUAUUUUGGAUGGCAGAAUAGCAUGGAGAAGGAGCUGCAAAGGCUUCGAGAGAACCACUGCAAGAAGCAAGUUGUCCUCUCUGCUUCCAACGAAGCACACAUCACAGAUCAGAACUCGGAACUCAACAGCUGGAUAUGGCAGCUACAAGAUGUCAUUGAUGAGGCAGAUGAUUUGCUCGAUGAGUUUGAGUACCUGAAGCUCAAAGAACGGGUGACCGAACAAAACAUGGAGGAAACAAAGAAACAUUCCGCCGCCACUAGUUUCCUUUCUGAAGGAGCUAGCAAACUUCGCAAUUUAGGCGGACUUGUCCUCAAAAUUGACUGCAACUUGAAGAGGCUGGUGGAGAUUGUGGAGCAAGCGAAGGAGCAGCAGCUUUAUGACGAUGGUGCAAGGGGAUCCUACCUUGGAUUUGUUUUCAUCGGUCGAGGCAAGGAAAAAGAGUUUGUUAUGCGGUGGUUGAGGGAACCAUCAAUUGAAGAGCUAACCGGCACUAGUUCUAACAAAAGCAUUUCUAUUUUGUCUAUAGUAGGUCAUCGUGGUAUGGGGAAGACCACUCUCUUACACCAUGUCUUUCAAGAUGUGAAAGACGAAUUUGAUCUUAAAAUGUGGUUUUGUGUUUCCAACAACUUUGAUGCAAAAAAUGUCAUUGCUGAUAUGUCGGAACAUGUUGAGAAGAAGAGGCCUCGGCUUGAGUCACUUGCUGUUCUUCAAGAGAGUCUCUUGUUUGGGGUGCAGUGCAAGAAGUUUUUGCUUGUUCUGGAUGAUAUUUGGGAGGACGAGGAGGAGAGGAAUAAAUGCAAAUCUGGCUUAUGGAAAAUUGGGGAAUCAAAUUUUCUGAAUGCUGAUUAUAUUGAAGGUAAAAUUUUACCUAGAGAUGUUAUCCACAUUUUGAGAGGAUUGUCAAUCUGGUUCAAGCUGGAGCUCGAUCCGCCUCCUGAUCUCCCACUCCAGCUUCCCGCUCCCUAUCCCGAUCGCGAAAGGUUUCAACCGCAACCUUACAGUUUCGUGAAUUGUUCCUGUUUCGCAAAGCGAAGCUUCGGUUCGCCUCCUGGCUCAUCAGUCGCGAACUCUCGGAUUCUGUUUCAUGAGUUCUGUACAACGGAAGCUCUUGCUCUAGCUGCUCCUGCUUUGUGUUUUCUAAAGAAGAAGGAAUUUGCACCACCUCCUCUGGCUCUUCAAGUUGGGACAAUGUUGAGAGCGCUUUUGGCAACUUUGCGAGAUUUUCGAGCAGUUUCAACUGAAAAUCUGUCGGAUUUCAUAUCUUACUCUCUUCCACAAUCUCUCCUCUGCGCUGCAAUGGCGGAGUUGUUUAUUGGCCAAAUCUUGGAUAAGAUCAUCAACACUUGCGCUGAGCUCCUUCAAUACCAUUUUGGAUCGCAGAAUAGCAUGGAGAAGGAGCUGCAAAGGCUGCGAGAGAAUCACUGCAAGAUCCAAGCUGUCCUUUCUGCUUCCAACGAAGCAGACAUCACAGAUCAGAACUCACCACUCAACAGCUGGAUAUGGCAGCUACGAGAUGCCAUCGAUGAGGCAGAUGAUUUGCUUGAUGAGUUUGAGUACCUGAAGCUCAGAGAACGGGUGUCAGAACAAAACAUGGAGGAAAAAAAGAAGCGUUCCGUAGCCACUAGUUUCCUUUUGGAAGGUGUUAGCAAACUUCGCAAAUUAGGCAGACGUGUCUUCAAAAUUGAUCGCAACUUGAAUAGGCUGGUGGAGGUUGUGCAGAAACUUGAUAAAGUAGCGGCUGAGGUAAGUGCUUUCCUUCCUAUUUUAAUAGAAACAAAGCAGGUGCAGCAGGCGAAGGAGCAGCGGUUCUGUGACGAUCGUGCAAGCGGAUCCUACCCUGGAUUUGUUUUCAUCGGUCGAGGCAAGGAAACAGAGUUUGUUAUGCGGUGGUUGAGGGAACCAUCAAUUGAAGAUCUUACCGGCACUAGUUCUAACAAAAACAUCUCUCUUUUGUCUAUAGUGGGUCAUGGUGGUAUGGGGAAGACCACUCUCUUACAACAUGUCUUUCAAGAUGUGAAAGAGGAAUUUGAUCUUAAAAUGUGGGUUUGUGUUUCCAACAACUUUGAUGCAAAAAAAGUGAUUGCCGAUAUGUUAGAAUAUCUUAAAAGGGAGAGGCCUCGUUUGGAGUCACUUGGGGCUCUUCAAGAGAGUCUCAAGUCUGGGGUGCAAUGCAAGAAGUUCUUGCUUGUUCUAGAUGAUAUUUGGGAGGAUGAGGAGGAGAUGGAUAAACGCAAAUGGGAGAAUGUGCUCUCCCCUCUGGCUUAUGGAAAAUUGGGGAGUAAAAUUUUGGUCACAACUCGGAUGGAUUCAGUUGCAUCGAUGAUUGCCAAGGUGAUUACAAUGAAGGAGGAAACAUUUAGAUUAGGGGGCUUGGAGGAAGAUGAGUGUUUGCAGCUCCUUCACACCCAUGCAUUCACGGAUGCAAACGACAUUGAUGAUCAUCGUUUAAAUUCUUGCUUGAAUGUGGAACAUUGGGAAAGAGUUUUAGAGAGUGCUAUUGGAAGCACCGAACCAGAGGAGGUUCAUAAUAACAUCAUGCCCAUCUUGAGAUUAAGUUAUAAAUAUUUGGAGAAACAUCUACAAAUUUGUUUCGUAUUUUGUGGCUUAUUCCCCCAAGAUCAUUGGUUUGACAAAAAUGAUUUAGUUCGAAUGUGGAUUGCACUGGGUUUCAUUCAGCCGUCCUUUAAUUCAGGAGAGACCAUGGAAAUAGUCGGAAGAAGAUAUAUUGAUAUUUUGGUCAAAAAAUCUUUCUUUGAAAAUUGUCCGACUCUUGAUAAUAAUGUCUGCAAGAUGCAUGACUUAUUAAAUGAAUUGGCACAAUCCGUUUCUGCACCGGAAUGCUUUCAAGAUGCAUGA